UUAAUUAACACCCUCGUGAACUUUUUUUUUUCGCUUCGUUGGCCAAGCAACUGACAUAUGUUCGCUUCCAAGUGUACUUUAGUAUGUAAAGGGCAACGGGUGUAAGUGAUUGCAACGCGUUUUGUGUACAAUAAUAACAAACAUAAACGAAAAGGCACAAGCUAAAAGCAAAUAACGGGCAGUCAAAGAGCGAAGAGAGAGAGAAAGUGCAUACUUCGAUCAAAAGGCGGCCGGCUGUCAACGUUAUUGCUGUUGUUAUUGUUAUUACAAGUGUAAGAGAACUCGUCAUUGACUGCGUGCGAGCGAGAAAUAGAGAGAGAGAGAGAGAGCGCGACUGCAAAAGAGUUGUUGCUGCCACGCCAAUGCAGUGUUAAUAACAAGCAGACAAAAUAAUAUAAAGCGUGGGCUGCCUGCCGGCAAGUUAAACGUAGAAGAAGCAGAAGAAGAAGAAACCGCAGCAAAAUUAUACAGGAAACUGAAUUUCAACAAGCAACAACAACAAUUCACAGCAAUAAGGGCAGUUUGACUGCUUGCAAAGCUCAAAAAUGAACUCGGAGCAUGGAUUUAAUCCAGCCUUUAAUAUGGCCACCAUACGACAGGCAUUCACAGAGGCCGUGGAAAGAGUUAGAAUGCCAACGCCGACGCGACUGCGUGACCUAAUACGACAAAUACGAGCUGCGCGCACCGCUGCCGAAGAGCGCGCUGUGGUGAAUAAAGAGUGCGCCUACAUACGCAGCACAUUUCGUGAAGAGGAUUCUGUGUGGCGUUGUCGCAACAUUGCCAAGCUGUUGUAUAUACACAUGCUCGGCUAUCCGGCGCAUUUUGGUCAGCUGGAGUGCCUCAAGCUAACGGCCAGCACGCGUUUUACAGACAAACGUAUUGGCUAUCUGGGCGCCAUGUUGCUGCUGGAUGAGCGUCAGGAUGUGCAUCUGCUUAUCACGAAUUGUUUGAAAAACGAUUUAAACAGCUCAACGCAGUUUGUGGUGGGUUUGGCGCUCUGCACAUUGGGCGCCAUUGCUUCGCCGGAGAUGGCGCGUGAUCUGGCCAGCGAAGUGGAGCGUCUGAUGAAAUCCCCCAACACGUAUAUACGGAAAAAGGCAACUUUGUGCGCCUUCCGUGUGAUAAGACGUGUGCCCGAGCUCAUGGAAAUAUUUUUGCCAGCAACACGUUCGCUGCUCAGCGAAAAGAAUCAUGGCAUACUGAUAACGGGUGUUACGCUGAUAACGGAAAUGUGUGAGAAUAGCGCGGAUACUUUACUGCAUUUUAAAAAGGAUAGCGGAAAUCGAGAGAUUGUGCCGAAUCUCGUGCGCAUACUUAAGAGCCUUAUACUGGGCGGCUAUUCGCCGGAGCAUGAUGUGAGCGGAGUCAGCGAUCCUUUCCUGCAGGUGAAAAUACUGCGGCUAUUAAGAAUUCUCGGUCACAACGAUCCCGAUGCCUCAGAGGCCAUGAACGAUAUACUGGCACAGGUGGCUACCAAUACGGAAACGAGCAAGAAUGUUGGCAAUACCAUUCUGUAUGAGACAGUGCUCUCCAUUAUGGACAUACGCUCUGAGGGCGGCCUUCGUGUGCUGGCUGUGAACAUUCUUGGCCGUUUCCUGCUCAACUCGGACAAGAACAUACGCUAUGUGGCAUUAAAUACGCUGCUGCGCACCGUGCAUGCGGAUACAUCGGCGGUGCAGCGGCAUCGCACCACCAUAUUGGAGUGCCUCAAGGACCCGGAUGUGUCCAUUAGACGUCGUGCCAUGGAGCUAUCGUUUGCGUUAAUCAAUGCGCAGAAUAUACGCACGAUGACCAAAGAGCUGCUGCUCUUUCUGGAGAAGGCCGAUCCAGAGUUCAAGGCCCAGUGCAGCUCCGGCAUGAUACUGGCCGCUGAGCGUUAUUCGCCCAACUCGCGUUGGCAUCUGGAUACGCAGCUAAGUGUGCUUAUUGCGGCUGGCAACUAUGUGCGCGACGAUGUUGUCUCCUCCACCAUACAGCUGGUCUCAAGCAGUCCUGUGCCGGAGCAGACAUAUAUCACGAAUCGGUUCUGGGAGUCACUGCAGGUGGCCAAUCAUUGUGAGGAUAAGCAGCCUCUGUUGCAGGUUGCCGUCUGGGCCAUAGGCGAGUACGGUGAUCUUUUCAUGUAUGGCGCCAACGAGGAUGAAUUUGAACGUCCAACCGAGAGUGAUCUGAUCACUGUGUAUCAUAAGUUCUUAACCUCUGCUCAAGUGUCCAUCACCAGCAAGCAAUACGCACUAGUUUCGCUGGCCAAGCUCAGCACAAGGCUGCAGCAGUGCGUGGAGGAAAUACAGGCGCUGAUAACGUGCUUUGGCAGCCAUUUGAAUGUGGAUCUGCAGCAGCGUGGCGUAGAGUUUACGCAGCUCUUUGGCAACUAUAAGCAUCUGCGUCCGCCGCUGCUGGAAAAAAUGCCCGCCAUGCAGAUAAGUCGCAUUAGUUCGCAGAAUGGUGAGAGCGGCGGCAGCUUCGACGACAAUAGUCCGGAUGUUAUAGAGAAUGGACUGGAGAUAGGCGGACAUUCACUAAUCGAAAGCAAUAUGAACACAAUGGGAGACAAUACAAAUAUACUUUUAGAUCUGUUGGGCAGCACAGAUUUGUCCACGGGUGAUUUAAGUCUGGCCACGGAUUUAUCAAAUGCAGUGCAUAAAAAGAAUACGCGCAAUGCGAACAAUGAGGCAACCACCUCACAUAGUCAGGACCUGCUCGAUUUGCUGGAUCUGGACUUGUCGUCAGCGCCGCCGACGAUGGCAUCCAUCACAGAUAUAAACGCUAGCGCUAUGAACAUAAUGAUGGGUGGCCUGGACUUGGGCGGCUUUGAGGCACAGCCAACAACGUUGGUGGCGCCACCAAGCAAUGGCAACGAUUUGGCCAGCAUGCUAGGCGGUCUGGGUCAUGUGGAUAUCAACAGCGGCAGCUUACUGGGCGAGCUGCACACCACAGUGCCUGCACCACAGUUAACGAUGGCUGGUCUUGGGCCCAAGCUGACAGCGCUGGACAAGAAUGGCUUGCUGGUGCAGCUGGAGCCAGUUAAAGGCAGUGACUGCAUGCGCAUCUUUAUGACGACCACAAAUAGUUCAGAGCAUACGCUAGAGCAAUAUGUAUUAAAGGCGGCCGUCCAGAAAAGCUUUAAGCUACAAAUGUUGACGCCUUCAGAUUCGAUGCUGCCGCCAGGCGGCGUAAUAACGCAGGAGAUGCAAGUGAUAGCCACAUCCAAUGCCGCUCUGCGCAUGCGUCUGCGCAUUCAGUAUACGCUCGAUGGCAAACAAGUGGAGGAGCAAACGGAAGUUAGCGGCUUCCCCGAGCAGCAGCCGGCUCCCAGCGAUUAGGAAUGGCAUACAACACAUAUACUAAACAUUGAGGUUGCAUGCAUAAAAUGUGAAUUAAGUUAACAAAACAAUCCGCAAGGGAUGAACACAUUCAGCAGUCGCCCAGGCUAGAGUUAUUGUGCGAGUGAGAGUAAGCGAUCGAGAGCGAACGUUGCUUUUAUUUAAUAUUGAGACUUUUUUUUUUAACGUGCGCCUUUUCUUUAGCUUUGUGUGUGUGUGUCCUUUUGAUUAUUGUUUGUGCAAAAGACAGCAACCAUUCAGUUUUUAACUCAUAAGACAAUAACAGUUAUUAAAAAACAACAAAAAAACAAAAAGAAAACUCACAAACAACAACAAAUUCACUAUUACUACUCUCUGGCUUGGCAGGCAGGCAUUUAAAGCAAAAGCGCAAUUAUUUUUUUUUAUUAUUAUUAUUAUUAACUAACAAUAUUAUAUGCAAAAAACAUUUACUUGUUAUAUUGAUGUCGUGAACGUAACGAAAAUUGUUUUGUCAGAGCUGAUGUAAUCGAUGACAACUGUAACAACAUUACAAUGCAAUUCGUAUUUCGUUGAAAACCGCUCAGCACACCAAGUGGCCUACAUUUCCAUUAUGAAAAAGAGAAAAGAUAUAAGCAAAAUACAUGUGUAUGUAUAUCAGCCGUAAAAUUUGUUAUUUCCUGUGCGCACGUACUUAAUUAAAAACAAAGUGAGUUAUAAAAAUAAAAUUAAUAAAAAGAACGAUCUAACAAGCACUGUGGAAAAAGUAGAUAAAUUUAAACAAAUGAAUCAUAUAUAUAAUUGUACUAUUACUAAAAAUCACAGCCCAUAUAUGUGUAUAUAUAUAUUUAUAUACAUAUAUAUGUAUUAUGUAUAACUGAUGUUUAAUAUAAUUAUUUUUGCGGGGUCUUCGGCAUGCAAGGUGGGCAAAUUUACUAUUUAACAAUCAGCAAAACCAACAAUUAUCUACUAUUAUUAUGUAUAAUUAUACAAGAAAUUAUAAAUUAUUAUGCAGCAUGAGUUUAAAACCAACAACCAACACACUACAGUUAUGACAAAUAUUUAUAAAUUGUACAAUUCAUCAGAAAAGAAACCUAUAAGCUGAAAUAAACACCAAGAUUUUGUUUAAUCAAAAG